UUGCUAAGGGACAAGCAAAUAGCAGAAGGAGCUGGGAGCAGAGAAGGACACAGAGCUACGUGCCUAGAGCUCAAGGGCUCCUGCAUCCCAAAGAAAGCACCUUGCCGUCUGUGCACAGUCAACUUUGGGCUUGACCAUGGAGGCCCUGGAGGCUUUGCCAGUGUGGUCUUUAAUCCCUAGCAUCCAGUUGGAUGAUCCUUCUUUGAUUCCGGUGAUCGUGGAGCAGGUCCCCUUCUCAGAACUGCUACAUCUGUACUCAACACACUUUGAACACGAAGACAUUCCCAGUGUCGUUUCGCAGAGCCAGAACCUGUCACUGUUAGAAGGGCAGUCCAUGGAGGGAGGCAUUCUUCUAUCAGCAGACGAUACCAGCCCAUCCAUCAUGGCCACUGAAAAAGUCCUGCUGGACGCAGAGGCCCCCAAUAACAUACUGGAUGAAAACCGCAUGCGUUUUCAGGUUAACUCAGGAAAUGCUGGGCAGAAUAGGAUGCAAGGGACGGCUCCCAAGGCUAAAAGAGCUCGGAGAGUUCCAAAGAGGAAGGCACCAUGCUACCUUCCUCCAGUUGUUGAAGCCAUCUUCCCCAUCCAGAGGAAGUCCAAGGAUGGCAGAGUGACUGGCAUCUUCCUUUGGGAGUUCCUUCUUGCUCUGCUGCGUAAUAAGAACACUAGCCCCAGGUACAUCAAGUGGGUCCACCGUGAGAGUGGCGUUUUCAAGCUCGUGGACUCCAGGGCUGUGUCAAAGAUGUGGGGGAAGCAGAAGAACAAGCCGAAUAUGAACUAUGAGACUAUGGGGAGAGCAAUGAGAUAUUAUUAUCGUAAGGGCAUCCUCUCCAAGGUGACGGGGCAGAGGCUGUCGUACCGAUUCAAUAAUAUGCCCAGGGAGACUGUGGUGAUCAAUGAUGAAGAUCGCCCACCUGUAAUCGAGACCGUGAUCAUCGAGGACUCGGACCCCAUCAUCACUCUGGAGGAAGAGGUUGAACAGCGCCGUCUCCGUCGCAGAAGGAACAGACAGGCCAGGGCAGGAGUCCGUGUCCAAAAAACUCCUGGAUGCUGCUGCUGCCCUCCCAGUUCCUGGCCUCCCUCCUAAGUUCUGAGGGAUGUUGGCCUACACCAUGGGGAUACCUUUAAUUUUCAGGAAUAUUCACUCAGGAGAAUCUCUGAUGGGAGCCAAACCAGGCCCAAAGACCCGAUCCUUCAAACCAUCUGCGUUCACAUUCCUCAACUUUGCCAACCAGUUUCUAUUUCUAGAUAAUGUGGUAUUGUUUCAAAAAAGAAAAAUUUGGUAUUUAGAUUUUCCCUUCUUCUCUAGCUCCUCUGAUUCCUGCUGGCUCCAUGUUCCACCUUCGAGAAUUCCGAGUAGAGCCUGUCCAGAGGCAUUGCCCUGGCUGCUGGGGUGAAGUCGGGGAUUGCUUUGGGAGCAUUCCAAAACUUUAAAAAAUCAUUUUGGAGAAGGUAGUCUGGCUGGUAAAGGGGGGAGGUGGCGUGAAAGGCUAGGGCAAAUUUUGUGCCAUCAGAGGCUCUCACCUAGGAUAAACAGUGGCAGUUUUUGAUAAAAUGUUGUUCUUGUUACUUCCAGAGGAUUAUGGCCACCUUGUUAGAACCCCUUUUCUAGUUCCUUGUUGUAUCCCCAGGGCCCAGUUCCGGACCCAGACCAUGUAGGCCUUUAAUAAACGUUUUGAGCUUCAAAUUCA